AUGAAGUGGUGGGAUCUUCUGAAGAGGAGCUUAGCUGUGGGGAUGUGGAUGCAUCAGAAAGCCAGGAAUCUGGUUCACGCCUCGCUGACCAUGAACUGAAGGAAAUGCUUCUUAAAAAGUAUAGUGGCUACCUGAGCAAUCUUAGGAAGGAAUUCUUGAAGAAGAGGAAGAAGGGAAAGCUGCCCAAGGAUGCGAGGUUGACAUUGCUAGAUUGGUGGCAAACCCAUUAUAGGUGGCCCUAUCCCACGGAAGAGGAGAAGGCAAAGCUAGCUGAGAUGACCGGUCUUGACCCCAAGCAAAUUAACAACUGGUUCAUAAACCAGAGGAAGAGGCACUGGAAGCCUUCAGAGGAUAUGCAGUUCGCCCUCAUGGAAGGUGUCGGCGGCGGUGGAUCCAAUGAAACCAUGUUGUACUUUGAUAGAGGCACCAUCGGUCCAUGAUCGUCGACGAUGCUAAGCACCAUGCUUUCUUAUAUCUACAAUGCUUUGUUUGUGGAUAAUAGAUUUCUCCUUUUGGUGCUUAUGUGUCUAUAUCGUGUUUGAUUAACUUAUGAUGACUUGUGUAAUUAUUGACAGAAAAUGUAUCAAGGCCUCGUUACUUCAGUUUGUAUAUUUUUCUUUUGUGGUGGAGUAUUCUGAUUCAUCUUGUUA